ACACCGUCACCGACAGAACCAGCAGAGGGUUGUUUUUUUUUUCUCCAGAGGAACCGCACCGCUGCUCGGCUCGCUCGCUGACGGCAAACCAGGCAUGGACGACAAGUCAUUCACCAAGGAGCUGGACGGAUGGAUCGAGCAGCUGAACGAGUGCAAGCAGCUCUCGGAGAACCAGGUCAAAGUCCUGUGUGAGAAGGCCAAGGAGAUCCUGACCAAGGAGUCCAACGUGCAGGAGGUGAGAUGUCCGGUGACGGUCUGUGGAGAUGUCCACGGCCAGUUCCAUGACCUGAUGGAGUUGUUCAAGAUCGGAGGAAAGUCUCCAGACACCAACUACCUUUUCAUGGGAGACUAUGUUGACAGAGGCUACUACUCUGUGGAGACUGUUUCACUCCUGGUUUCUCUGAAGGUACGGUUUCGUGAGAGAAUCACAAUUCUCAGAGGGAACCACGAGAGCAGACAGAUCACACAAGUGUACGGCUUCUACGACGAGUGCUUGAGGAAAUAUGGAAACGCAAAUGUUUGGAAGUACUUCACAGAUCUGUUUGACUAUCUGCCCCUCACUGCACUAGUAGAUAACCAGAUUUUCUGCCUCCAUGGAGGAUUGUCCCCCUCGAUAGACACACUGGAACACAUCAGAGCACUGGAUCGCUUACAGGAAGUCCCUCAUGAGGGUCCCAUGUGUGACUUGCUAUGGUCAGACCCAGAUGAUCGUGGCGGUUGGGGCAUCUCACCCCGUGGUGCCGGCUACACCUUCGGGCAGGACAUCUCCGAGACCUUCAACCACGCUAAUGGGCUCACUUUGGUCUCACGAGCCCACCAGCUUGUGAUGGAGGGCUAUAACUGGUGCCACGACCGCAAUGUAGUGACCAUCUUCAGUGCACCAAACUAUUGUUAUCGUUGUGGAAACCAGGCGGCAAUCAUGGAACUUGAUGACACAUUGAAAUACUCAUUCCUACAGUUCGACCCUGCACCACGCAGAGGAGAACCCCACGUGACGCGGCGUACCCCUGACUAUUUCCUGUAAAGGUCGAUGGCGAGGAUAGCAACAGGCUACACAAAGGCUUGAGACAAGAAGCUUUCAUUAUCCCACAGACCCCCCAAAAAAACAAAGUGUGCCAUAAUCACAAUGAAACAAAACUAUCACCUUAACUAAUGACCACCGUCCUUUCCACUUUUCCCUCUCUGUGCAUGAUGUUUUUAUUGCUAGAAAAUGAUUGCUACUCUGAACAUUACGGUAAAAGUACCUGCUGGUUUGUCAGGAAGUCUGAAUGAACUGUUGCUGAGAAUCGCGUGUAAUUAAUCUUUGUGUUAGAGUGUAAAUGAUGAGCAGAGUGUGUUGCCACGUCAUGGUACCGACACUGCGUCUUUCACGUGGCAUGGCCUCUAAUCAAAGGUUGCAGAUUAAUGUAAUGUGAACUGUUUUCUUUUUGUAACUGGAGCGUGGCAAUUUAUUUUGUGUAGUGACAUGAUAGGGCUGGAUGUCAGGAAUGAAAAUGUCCUCUUUGCACUUUUGUAUUUGGUUUUUAUCACAAGUAGCCCUCUUCCUGCUCUGCUGUCUCUGAUGAGAGUUCAUGUAUUUCAUAUAAGUAGUAUACUGAUCCUAUCUGUACCAACACUGGUACAGAUAGGAUCAGUUGUACAAUAGUAAUAACAACAAAAACACAAUGUUUUGCAGCCACAGCCCCACAAAAUAAAGACUGAAGUUGCUUGGACACUUGGAGGAUGUGAGAUUCGGUUGCUGACAUGAUUUCCUACAGCGCUCGGCUGCCAUCACUAGAUGGAAUCAGACACCAAAAACUGCAGAUGAACAGAUCAGAUUAGAUAAUCGGAUUGAUAUGCAGGAUUAGUGUGAGUGUGCAGGAAAAUUUGGGAAUUUUAUUGAUCAUAUUAUUUAUUGUUUUUGUAUUGUUUUUGCAGGGAUUUGGUUGAUCAUGAUUUUGAGCGUCCAGACUGCUGGUUGGCAUUAUGUCACCAUAAGCGAGCCUAGGGUUAUUUUGCUUUUUAAUUUUGUAAUUUUUUUUUCUCCAAUGUUUAUUAUCCAAUGUAUGUAUUUAUUGACAUAAUCCAAAUAAUGUGUUAUUUUUUUUUUUAUUUGAAAGAAUACUUGUUUAUUUCACCAAGGCAUUACAAUGUUACUUUUAAACGUUGUGCACAAAGUCUUGCGUGUGUGUGUGUGUGGAAAUGCUGCAAAGUUUUACGAGUGAAUAAUGAUAUUACUGCCUGUGAAUUAAUGUGGCGGCAAUGUCAGCGCGCUAACGGAAAUGUGGUGCUCUGAAAAUAAAAGCCUCAUCUGAAGGAA